AUGUCCCAGCACAGCAAUGUCGGCCGCGUCCUUCAUGACUUGCCUCAAGUUCUUCCUAGGGACGGUACUUGGUCCGAUGCAAGCAGUGUCCCAGGGCGAAGAGCUGGAAACCAUUAUGAGGCGUUCGUACGCCAGAGGCUCACCGGAUGUCACAAGAAGCAGGACGCUGCAAGGUUUAUUGCUGAUCUGGGCGAUAGGCAGUGUCAAGUGUUGAACGACUUGUGGACACAAGCCAUGACCAUAUCGAAGGAGAGCACACAAAAGUUGUGGGAUCGCCUGAAGCCCGAUGAACAGAAGGCAGUGCCAGGCCCGCAUUCGGCUGAGGCAGACAUCAUCACUGAGGCAAAGAUGAAUGUGAAGGAGCUUUUGGGGAGCAAAGCGGAGGUUCUACUCGGACCAGAGUCUGUGCCGGCUCGCACAAUUGUGGAGGCAACUGUGAAUGCAGCGCUGUUUUACAUCAAGUGCCACCAGCUUGAACGUUUGCUCAUGGUGGCAGAGAAAAGCAGCGGAGAAGCUCAUCCAGCUGCUGCACUGGUGGUGAAUAAAAAGCCCAUCAAAUGCGCUGGUCAAUGGAGCCGUUUUUUAGCAAUGUUCCCGACUCUGAGUCGCCUGCACAACGACGGCCAUUUCAGCCUGGUUUACUGCCCUCACGGCCUGAACUAUGAGGAGUACGAGGACAUGAGAAGCAGCAAAGAUGCGGAGUUAAGCAGCAAAGAUGCCUGGAUAAAGCUCCUCGUCGUGGUGAUCUUGCUCCUCAUUGUGUACAGCACGUCCAAGUUUUACAUCGGGCCAAUUUCAAGUAGAGAAGAUCUUUGA